GGGAGAUACUGUUGCAUCGCCUGCGCGUAAGCGAAGGAAAAAGAUCGAUAAGGAUGCAUCCGACCAGCACGAGACUUCUCUUCAAAGUUCUAGUAGCUGCGGUAUGACCGAUUUUAGUCAGGGAAUUGACGUGCCAAGGUGCGCCGAAAUUCUAGCAAAACUCUACGAGCACCUUGGAGCCGACGGCACGGUGGCGGUUCCCGUUGCGUCAAUUAUGGUGCUGCAAAAAUGUUGUACAGCCACAAAACUAAUGGCUUGUAGUGAGCUCUCGGAUCAUGAUGAUCACUCAUCCCGGCCUGGCUGACAUUAUCUAUCACUGGAUGUUCUUGUUUUUCAUACCUACUUACACUUACUACUGAACUAGCACUGCCUCUAUGCCUACUUCUGUUCUAAGCUAUCGCAAAGAGGUGCGAAAAAUGCCGACAUUCCAAAAGUCUUCAUAAAAUUUGCUACCGCUGAGCGAAAUUUUUACGACGCUUUGCUCGCAAGAGCAGAUCUCUUUGCGGAUCAGCAGUGGCUCCUCCAGUGUUUCCCGAAGAUUGCAGAAUAUGCGGUACAACAUCUAUAUAGAUACGUUCUUAGUAGCUAUUUUCCUUAAUCAUUACCAUCUUCAUACAUACACAUACUGUCAAAAUGAUGAUUCUCAAUGUAAAUGUUGAUUUUCAUUUCUCAGACUGAGUGAGGAGUCUCAUCGAUCAUCAUCAAGAAGAACCUUAAUAAUCCUACCAGUCGGAAUUUCUUGCUCGGGUGACGCAGAAGUUGGACUUCUGGAUCGACCAAGAGAGGCAGCGAGUUUGGAAGUCGGCGCAACGAGAGGUUGCGAUCUUUCUAGAAAGUGCAAAAUCACGCGUCAAGUGGUGCACU